UCAAGGGACGAGGAGUUAAAGGACCCCGCGGUGUGGAGCAUGCUGAAUGUAAACACACAGCAGACUUACAUUAACAUCACAGACAGUUAUUAUCCAUCUACCGCUUAAAACUGCGUGUUACCUGAGGCUGGUGACGUCAUUUACACUUCAGCAGUCCCUUCUCUUCUCCUCAGAGAGAUGUCAUGUUUUGGAGGUGAUCCAAACUUCUGUCCAGAGUGUGGGAAUGUCCUCCCUCUGCCGGGGAUCCAGGACGUGGUGCGCUGCCCCCGCUGCUCCUUCUGCAUCCCUGUAGCAGAGUUCUCGGGGCUGGAGAUCCGCUCCUCGGUGGUCUUUAACCCUGUGGAGCAGUCCACGGUGACUCUGGAGGACGAGGACAGCUCGGAGCUGAAGGGAGCCGUGAUCGACAGGCGCUGCUCCCGCUGCAACAAGGAGGGCAUGGUGUACCACACCAGGCAGAUGAGGUCUGCAGACGAAGGGCAGACCGUCUUCUUCACCUGUAUAAGCUGCAGAUAUCAAGAGAAGGAGGACUCCUGAGGAGAAGCCCGGCUCUCUGUGUGCUUCAGAGGGAUUGUACAUGACAACGGCCCUCCACCUGCUUAUCUAAUAAUGCUGUCACUCUUCUUGAAUUCUUAGCAUUUUGAAUGACAUUUGACAAAAAAUCAUCUUUACUCAGGGACCACUUGUUAGUUGCUCUUGUCUUGUGGCCUUCUACAGUUUUACAGAACUACUGGAGCUCAUUGAUGAUCUUCUCCUGGUGAAGAUUUGUCUUGUUUGACUACAGCUUCCAAGGCCCAAAUUGAACUUUAAUGAAUGAGAUACGUUAACUCAAGUUGUAUUUUGUUUACCUUUUGAGCAUCAAACAAUCUUUAUGUUCAGAAAUUAAACUUUAUCACAUUUUUAAGGGGUAAAAUAUGAACAUUUAUACCAUAUCCCCAUGACAUGCUUAAUCUAUGAGAACUUCCCCAAUACAAUAUAUUCGAAGGAAUGUGUUGAUGCUGUUUGUUAUGUUUUUUGUAUGACUUGAUAAAUAUAUUAAAAGUCAUUGACCUUAA